AUGACUCGCGAUCGCCCCCUCCCACUCGCCGAAGAAUGGGAGGACGUUGACACCUAUGUCAGUGCGCUUCUUUCCUUCGCGAGUGAGAACUUGCUGUUCAUGAACCUGUGUGGUGGUGUGCAUAUCCUCGAUUUCCUGACGCGCGAACCCGAUAUCUAUACGGCUUUGCUAUCCAAGAGCUGGAGAACAUUCUUCGACCAGCACGACGUACACGACAUCAUCCGUCUACUUCUUCGGGAAGAUAUCGAGCCUUUGCGACAGGCUGAUACGAACGGUGACGCCCAAGACGAUGGCCGUACAUGGAAUGGAGGCGCAUUUCCUCCGCAGGACCUUUUAGAAUAUAUCCACAAUGUACGCCGGUUGAGUCUCGGUCGAGACUUCACCUCUCCGUUAUCAAAAUCGACCAAGAGCACCCUGCCAAGACACGUUGCGGUGGGCAUGAACAAGAAGAAGGUUCACGAGGUCGAGCAUUUUUCAAAAUACGUCGCAUCCCUAUCUGAUACUGUCAACGAGCGUCGAGGUGAGCCUGUCUCUCACAUCGUGGAUUUUGGAUCUGGUCAGAAUUACCUUGGACGCACGUUAGCAAGCUCGCCCUACCACAAACAUAUCAUCGCCAUUGAGCGGAAGCAUCAGUAUAUCAGCGGUGCGCGGGAUAUGGAUGUUCAAGCUAGGUUAGCCAAGAAGGAAGAAACGACUAUCUACGUCCAAAAUCGCAAGAAGUCAUGUACUGAUUGUGACGGGAACCCCGAGCUUGCAGCUCCUGAAAUUAAGGAUAAUCCUUCACAAGAGACGGGAGUGCGUCAGUCCUUAUCUGAAGAUGUUCCACCCCAAGAACUCAAUGAGACAAUUGAGGAUGUUACCGCGUUCAAAAUGCUGGGUGAGAUCACUCUCGAAGCUGACGAGCUUCUCGGCCCUGUCGCGAAAAACACGCACGUAAGGAAGGAGCAGCCUGAGAUCGACACUCGAGGAACUAUCAGCUACAUUGAGCAUGAAAUUCAGGACGGUUACCUUGAGCCCAUCAUCGACCAUGUUGUCGACCCUUCUCCUGAAGCCACCAAUGGAGAGGUGUCAGAAGAUAAACAAGAGACGGUCAUCACAGCACAAGCAGACUCGAAGACGCAGGAUCCCCGUGUGAUGGUUGUAUCCCUGCACUCCUGUGGAAACCUCGUUCAUCACGGCGUGCGCUCGCUGAUCCUCAAUCCAUCCGUCGUGGCCGUGGCCAUGAUCGGCUGCUGUUACAAUCUACUGACCGAACGUCUCGGUCCCGCGACAUACAAACUUCCCAUCCUCCGUUCCCUUCAUCCACGCUUGACCGAAACUGGAUGCGCAUACGAUCCGCACGGUUUCCCAAUGUCCAAGAUGUUCGAAGACUAUGAGAGCUCCGGCGUAAAGGGAAUGAAACUCAAUAUUACCGCCCGCUCAAUGGCUGUCCAGGCGCCAUAUAACUGGGGCUAUGCGGAUAGCGAGGGCUUCUUCACCCGCCACUUCUUCCGCGCUCUAUACCAGCGCAUCCUUGUUGACCGCGAUGUUGUACCUAAACCCGGUCUCGUGAAGGAUCUGACUGGUGAAUCAAAGGGCACAACGCCUGUAAUCAUCGGAUCCUUGCGCAAAGCUGCAUUCACAUCUUUCAACUCCUAUGUCCGCACCGCAACAGUGAAAACCAGUCGUGACCCAGUUCACGGUACAAAGAUUCAAGAGCGAGUCGCAUCGAUGACAGACGAGGAAAUCGAUGAUUACGAGACCAAGUUUCUACAAGGAAGAAAGAACCUCAGUGUCGUAUGGAGCUUGAUGGCAUUCAGCGCACAGGUGGUCGAGGCCAUUAUCGUUGUUGACCGAUGGCAAUUCUUGCGCGAGCAUGACAAUGUCAAGGAAUGCUGGGUUGAGCCUGUAUUCGACUACAGUUUGAGUCCACGGAACUUGGCUGUUAUUGGACUUAAGAAGUGA